AUGGACGGCAGGGUCAAGCAGCUCCUGCAGGCCGCCUACGCUGCAGCGGUGCCGUGGGAGGCCGCUAUGCACGUCGCCUUGUCGCUCCUCGAGCCCAACGCGGGCGCCCAGGACGUGUCGCUCAUCCAGGCAGCAGUGGGGGAAUGCAUGCGGCUCUGUAUCUUGCACCACAAGGCGGCGGAUGCGUUGCGGAUUCACGAACUGCUCAACCGCUCGGGCCACGUCGUCGUCCCACGGCGUCACCGUCGCGUGCCGGCGCGUCCAACACAAUUAAACUGGAGAACACUGCAAGGCCUUGGUGUGGAUGAACUGGCACUAGUGGCGCUACAGCAACAGCCAUACCGUGCCCACCAGAGCAUGGUCGUGGCUCAGAUGAUAGCGGCAGAAGAAGAGGAUUGCGAUCAUAUGUGGGACGUGCAAGUGGAGAGAGGGCGGGGUGCUGUGUUGUCGGCAUCGCCAACUCACAGCGCGGUGUCAAGCUCGCUCCACAUAACACGGGCCAAUACGGAGGUUCCGUACAUCUCAAAUGAGGCACCAACGGAGAUGACAGAAGCUGAACACUUUCGCAUUCUUCUUCAACAGAACAUACAGCUGCUCCGCGCGACGCAGAAUUUAGAGAAAAGGUUGGGGCUUAAUUACCUUCUCUCGCAGAUGCGCAAUGUCGUGGAUGACAAGCGUUUGUCGGCGCAGAUUGAGGUGGCGCCGAUCGUGCGCAUUGGUCGUGCAGUGCUGGAUCACCCCUUUGUUUUUACAACACCGUCUACAGAGACGGCACGUCAGAAGAUUCUAUUUGAAGUUUUCGGUAGCCUUGCGGUUACCAAAGGCUUGAGCGAGGUGCAACAGGCGAGGUUGGCCGCACUUGAGGCCAUUGUGGACCCCGUGAGGCCGCUGUGCGAAGAGCCAUUGAAGUUCAUCCAAUCCUUGGCCGCGUCGUGGGACAUGCUCUUUGUGCAACGUGCUGCAUUUACACUCGUCUUGCCGGAAGAAGCCCACGAUGUUCUCCCCUGCAAAAAUAGCAAUAUCAGCAGCAGAAGCAGUAGUAGUGGUGGCGGCAGUAGGAGUCGUCUGAGGGGAGGGUGGCCUGGGGAAGGCGGCCCUGCCGUCUCGGCGUGGACAGACACAGCAGGUGAGCUCUUUGGCGGUGCCGAUAUCCACGACGCGGCGGGGCGUCUAGAGUUAUUAAUCAGCCGUCGACUUCACCACAACAUUGUCGUCCCUGACACCCCGUUCCUCCUCAAGAAUUUCAAUCAGCUGUUGCAAUUGGCGAAGCACCGUGAGGUGGUGAUUCCGCAUUCUGUAUUUCUUGACGUGGUGCACUCGGCAUUGGAUGAUCAAGGACCACGUCGUUUUCACUCACGUCGAGUCUUGUUGUCCUUGAUGCAUGCAACUACAACCAAAAACACGAAACGGGAGUGGAACAGCUCAUCAAGCCCAUACUCUAUCCCAGUGAAGAGGAGUCAGGGCGGUGUGACACUUCUGGGGCUGCAAGACGAAGUGGCCCUCCUCGAGGACAGCCAAGAGCGUUUCUUUAUAGCUGAUAUGCUGGCUCGCCAGGAGUUGGGUGCAAUCUCUGCCAGUUGCCCUGGUGUCGCGAGUGUGCUGGUGGCAAAGCAGCUAGAGCGGUUCGUUUCACCGUCGCACGGCCAUGUGACAGACCCAACUGCUGCAGAACGGACCAGCGAGAUGGACUACCUUGUCGCAGGCGUCAUCGCCUCAAGGCAGAACGACAAGGACAGGGGUGAUUCAAAGACUAGAUGUGGAAAGCCGACGCCUUUGUUCAGGUCUAGGUCACGUGCCUAUUGGGCCCGCACGCCUGUGGUGCUGGCGACGACGAGCGAAAAAACGCGGAGAAUCGCCUUUAUGGUCGGGCUCUCAAUGUUUCCUCCUGUGAGCGCCGAGUAG